AUGGAUCAAAUGAGCAGAAUACUGAUCCAAGCUUUCUUUCUUCAUGGAAUGCAACUAUUGAUCCUCAACCAAAAGCUUGGGACUUUUCAUUUCAAUUCUGGGAUUAAGACGAUUGCAGUGAUAUCUGUCAGAGAAGGUAUUAUCCAACUGGGGUCUUUUGAUAAGAUUCUUGAAGAUCUGAAUCUAGUAUUAACGAUUCAGAGGAAAUUCAGUUACCUACGUAGCAUUCCGGGGUUAUUCCAUAUUCAACGACCGUUUUCCACUGUACAAGUACAACAAUGCCCGUACAAUCCACUGAAGCACAAAACCAUUGGAUCUGAGGAGGCCCAACAAGUAAUCGGGUCAAAAGUCAACAUCCACACGGGAGAAAGUCAACAUCACAAGGGUCCGGUUUGGUCAUUGGGUUCGGGUUACAAUACCCAAAGAGAAUGGGCCACCGUUUUGGCCAAUUCCACCCCUCUUGCCGUAUAAAUUUGGAUCUCAAUAUGACUCGACCCGGAUUCGGAAUGAUGGUGUGGGCCAGUGUUUGGGUGAUGAGAUAUCUCAGGUCAAAGAUCCGGUUCAAGAAAGGAAACCUGGUUGCUUCCACCCGAGUGCUGGGUUAGUUGUGGAAUUAGGGUUUGGGGCUAGGAAGGUAGCUCAAGAAUGUGAUGUAAAAGUAAAAUCUCAAUUAAGUUAAUAAGGAGAAAUUUGCAAUUAUUUGGAUAUUAGUUUUAUUUCCAGAU